ACUGCAGGUUUUGCUGCCGCACUUCCUGAAGUACAAAAUAAUCAGCAGUGCAUUUUUUUAAUCGACAUUGAGGUGUAUGCUGUGGGAGCAGAGGACACAGGAUGGAGGCCGUGUACACCCAGGGCAUCUGGAUGGCUGAGAGUCUCCAGCAGAAGACGCUACAUCACGAGAAGACCUGGCAGGUCGUCACUCACAUGGGAGACCCUAAAGCAGCCUUCCUGCUCGUCUUUCCUUUCACAUAUUUCAUCAGCAAACGAGCCGGAGUCAAAGUGCUCUGGGUGGCAGCUAUAUCAGAGUGGUUGAACCUGGUGUUUAAAUGGAUGCUGUUUGGUGAGAGGCCGUUCUGGUGGAUAGGUGAAUCCCAUCUGUUUGUCAACAAGCAGCCCAAAGUUCAGCAGUUUUCCUCCACGUGUGAAACCGGCCCAGGGAGUCCGUCGGGACAUGCGAUGGUGACGGCAGCAGUCUGGUGGAUCGUGGUGUCCUCGCUGGGGUCGUUCCUGUACUCACGCACUCGCAGUGUGUUGUUAUCAGCUGUUCCUUACCUGCUCUAUGUGGUGAUGCUGGCGGCGGUUGGAAUCUCCAGGAUCUUCAUCCUCGCCCACUUCCCUCACCAGGUCGUCGCCGGCUCCAUUACAGGUUUCAUUCUGGGGAUUGUUCUGGGCCGCAGAGUCCCAGAAGGUCGCCCCCUGCUGUUCUUCUUCUGCCUCAGCAUCGGUCUGCUGUUGGGCACCCUGAUGCUGCACGCCGGACUGCAGCAGCUGGGAAUCAACCUCUCCUGGUCGAUUUCUUUGGCUAAGAAGUGGUGCAGCCAUGCUGAGUGGAUUCGUUUGGACACUGCUCCGUUCUCCUCUCUGACGCGGGACUGCGGGGCCCUUCUGGGUUUGGGCCUGGCUCAGUACUGGAAGCCUGGCGGAUGGUCUCUGCCGUGGGCUCCUCGGGCUCUGUCUCUGGCCUUUUCAUCCAUGGGACUGUAUCACGUCCAUCGUCUGCCGCUCCCGGUCCGACCUCAAGGCCUCUUCUACGGCCUGUUCUUCGUCAAGUUCAUCAUAGUGCCUCAGGUGGUCAUGGUGCUGGUGCCCGGGCUGGUUCACCUGUUCACACACAAGAAGAAGAAGGACUAGACACUGUCUACGCUCCAUGUUUGGGGGUAUCCGUCACACCUUCAAGGACUUUAGCUUCCUCUUGGGUUUCUGUAAGCACUUUAAAUGUCUGUCUUAUAUUGUUCAUGGGUGAGGGUCGUAGUUCAUUCACUUUGAUUAUUUUCUUGUUCUCUUACAUUUCAGCUGGCAGCGGUCUCUAGUCAGUUACUUAUUUUUUUAUUUCCUGGUUUUUCAGUGAGGAGAUUGUAUCAGAUUUUUAGUUUACUGCACAGUUACAGUAAAUCUAUACACGGCAGUAAUAAUAAGUGUUAAUACUACAGUAUUUUUGGAAUAUCUUGCUUUUUUUGGUGGUAAAAUGUGCAGGUUUGAGGUACUGUACAUAAAAAAUAUGAUACGUGACUUGAAAACCUUGUUUGGCAGGGUCUAGCUUGUGAAUGUUACCAUUUAAGACUGGAUAAAACAUGGCAUCAAUCGUUUGUACUCAGUGUAUUACCGAUAUGUCAGCCUUUAGACCUUCAUCAGGUAAAAGAUUGGGUAAAUCAGAUGAAAAAAGAUCAACUUAAUGAAGGUUUGAGGACCAAAACAUUGUUCUCAAAGUGAGUACAAAGACAGUCAAGAGCUUUUGAUCCUAUGUACUGAUCAUUAAGGCGUUCUGGUCUGCGAGAACGUCAUCAAGAAAGGUCAGAAGAGUCCUAAACGGAUUUAGCUUUGCACUCCUGUAACGGUCAACAGUUAAAAGUACUGAUGCAGCAGAA